UACCGCAAGCACUAUGGCAGGAGAUGAAGCUACACCGAGAAGCGACAGUUGCUGCACCGGGAGCAUAACCAUUCAGAGUAUUAUUUUCGGAAUAUGGACUCCGAUUAGCAUUGCUCUGAUUGUCGUAGGUGCAAUACACAAAAAUGAUUGCGCAGCCGAACCUUAUAUCCCAAUCUAUAUGAUCGUUGCGGGGGUAUUCUUCUUGGGAUUUUGGUUACUGUUACCCUUGGAAUGCUGCUGUCCCCCUCUCAGUAAAAUACUCAACAUAGUCAUGGGUCUGUUUCUCUUCGCUUGGUUUAUUGCAGGCAGUGUCUGGGUCUUCAGAAUUUACCCCGAUAAUGAUAGAAAUUGCCACAGAGGAAUGUAUCUCUUUGCUUUCUCCAUCCUGAUCAUUCAGUGGAUUUUUAUUGGAAUUGGAGUCAUUGCCACCCUGAUUGGCUGCCUCUGCUGUCAGAAUUCUUGUGCUUCUAAUAUUUGCGGAGGCUGUCAGAGCUGCUUAGAGUGCUGUCAGUGCUCCAGCUGUCUACAGAGCUGCAGUUGCCUGGAGUCCUGCAGUUGUCUAGAGUCCGGAUGUGGAUGUUUACAGUGGUUCUGUUUUCUUAUUGUGAGUUUCUUCACAUGUUAA